GGUAAGCAAUACUUCUUUACUCCUCACAAGAGAGUAGUGGAUCAAAAGCUUGAGGGGCAAGGGGAUUUAUUAAGUAUUUAAAUGGCUUUCAUCUUCAACUGGCCUCAGUUUUCGGAAGAAACGCUCUCUUUAGCUAAACUGUCUUUAGCAGAAGCGAUUAAUUCCGGUGAAAAGCCCGAUAACGUUGUAGGAGAAAUUGUCGUUAGCGACGUUAACUUUGGAGUUAUCCCGCCCUACCUUGAAUUACUGGAAAUAUGUGAAAUUUCUAUUAAUCGCUUUAGGGGCCUUUUCAAAGUACAGUAUGAUGGUGAUUUCCAUUUAGAACUAACUUUAAAAGUUCAAGUAAAUCCCGUGAAAGCCGAACACAAUAAACCGCGAAGUAUAAGAAAAGUGGGCAUAUUAGCUGCCAAUAAGCCUUUGAUCUUGCCAGUCAAAGUUAAGUUGAGCUUUAUACGUUUAUCAGGCAUCGCAAUUUUGGAAAUUGAUGAUGUGCGCGGCGUCAUGCUUAAUUUUAAAUACGAUCCUCUUGUGGGAUUGAAAGUCAAUACUUCUUUUGAUAACGAACCGACCAUAUCGGAAUUUUUAUACAACUUGCUUAAAGAAAUGCUUAGAAGUUGGCUCCUGGAAGAUCUCCCGGAGUUGGUCUAUACUUUAUCAAAGAAAUCUUUACUAACUUUGGCUGAAGAUACGAAGGAGAAUUGUCUGCAGAGAAAAAAAGGAGCCGAUGCAGAAAUUAAGAGUGACAAUCUAGAAAAGCGAAUUAAAGCUAAUUUGACGCCUUAUUUGCAUACUAAGAAGUCAAAACACUCUCGUAAACGAAGAUUUGAAAGAAAAAUUGCAGCGCUGCACGAAUCGAACACCACGAUGACUCUGCAGGCAGAACUCCCUAUUAAGCUGCUGCAGAAAAGUUCGAAUAGCGAAGACGAGGGAGCAGGCGGUGAACUUCACUCAGAAAAAAUGCUGAAACGGCAUAACAGUUGGGACGGAUGCACGGAAAAGCGCGGAGAUGCCGCGCUGGAUUGCACAGUCGUCCGCAGGUGCCGGCCGGCAAUAAGAGUAGGCGAGUUCAGAAAAAGAUCUACAGAAAAUUUGAAGUUUCGAGGAACAGGGCUGUUAACGUGCCGAGUGCUGGGCAGAAGUUAUAAUCCCGUGUUUAUAGAAACAUUAACGCGGAGAACACAGCAACGCUCGAAAGCACCCGCGCAGGAAUAAACUUUCACGUUUGCGACCAUUUCUUAAAAUUUUUAAAAAAAUAACUACUACCAUUACCACUCCACCCACUAGAGGAAGUGAAUAUUAAUAUAUUACCAGAAAUGAACCAACCCGGACAACAAAUUUAUUGAUUAAAAUAUUGCGUUUAAUUAUAAUUUUUGCGAUUGAACCAUCAAGCGAAAAAGUUGAUAUUUUGCAAAGAUUCGGGUAAGU